AUGAGGAAACGUUAUGGUGGUUUCGAGAAUGUUGGUGCCACGGUUGACGAUUGCAAUAAUUUUAGGAAGCGAAUUAACAACUAUAUAGGAGAAUAUGACGCUGACAUGGUGAUUAAUAGGAUGACUGACAAAAAACAGUAUUUAGCUGAUUAUUCAUUUGAAUAUUCUGUUGAUGAUGACAAACGGUACAAGAUGGUGUUUGUUCCGUUCACUGGCAUUGACAACCACUAUCGAAAUGUAACACUUGGAGCUGGGUUGUUGGCAUCGGAGAGCAUUGAAUCAUAUAAAUGGAUUCUGAAUUCAUUCUUAAAGUCAUUUGGUCGGCAGCCAAAGGUUGUAGUGACGGACCAAGACCCUGCUAUGAAACAGGCUAUUGAGGAGGUUGGACACGAGUUGUGCAAUAAUGAUGAGUUUAAAAGGAGGAUGUGCGACAUUGUAUGGAUUGAUUCCAUUGAGCCCGAAGAAUUUGAGAGGCAGUGGAAGUUGGUGAUGAUUGAGUUCGGUCUCACUGAAAACAAAUGGAUUGAUGAUAUGUUUGUGGCUAAUUCACAACUCACUCUCGUAGAGUUUAUGAAUCAUUUUGACGGUGCAAUGGAUGUACAGAGGUUCAAUCAUAGAAAGAAUGAUCAUAUUUCAAGAUAUACUGAGCCAGCUGGUUGGAGCGAAACUACUUUGGAAAAAGAUGUUGCUAAGAUCUACACCAAGUCUAUAUUCUUUGAUAAGCAAAUAGAGAUUCAUGGAACAAUUUCCGAAUGUCUGCCGAUGGACACCAAAGUCGAGGGUCCACAGAUCAGGAUAUUGUUGAAAGACUUUAUAGCCCAUGGAGAUGGUUUAUUAGAGAGAUGGAUGAAGGAUGUGGUACCGAAUGAGCUAAAUGUGAAGUACAAUUUAAAUGUUGGUGGCAAGGAUGUGCAACACAAGGCUAAACCGAUUGCUCGUGAAAUCAUCCACACCGGGGAAGACAAAGACAACGAGGUCGAAGACGACGAAGAGGAAGAUGAGUUUGAAGAUUACAGUGGUAGUAGUGAUGAUUUAUCUAAAGAAGAAGACCAAUGGGAGGAGGUUUCAGAAGAUGAUGAGGAUGAGUCAUUUUUUUAA